AUGAGCGCGGCGCCCGAUGCGGACGCCGCCCUCGACCCGUCGACGCGGGCGAACCUGGAGGCGAUCCUCGCCGUCGCCCGGGAGCUGCCGAGCGCGGAGGACGCCGGCGUCGGCGGUAGAAACGCCGCCGUGCUCGGCCAGAUCGCGGAGCUCGCCGCCGACAUCGAGCGCGUGCUCGACGUCGCCGACGGCUUCGAGCGCCUCGAGGCGCCGCCGCCGCCGCCGCGCAUCGCCGUGCUCUGCGGGUCGACGACGGACGGCGGCGCCGCCGACGGCACGGGCGCGGGCUACGAGGGCACGCUCGGCGACGUCGACCCGGACUUCGAGCCGAUCCUCCGCGCGGCGCUCCCGGACGGCGCGGUGCUCGUGCCCUACGAGGAGGCGAUCGCGGCGGGCGACUGCGUCGGCGCGCUCACCGUGACCCACGCGCACGUGUCCGACGCGCUCCUCGAGAAGCUCGGGCCGAAGCUGAGGGUCGUGUCGAACUACGGCGUCGGCGUGAACCACGUGGACCUCGAGGCCUGCGCGCGGCGCGGCGUGAAGGUCGGCCACACGCCGGGCGUGCUCGCGGACGCGACGGCGGACCUCGCCUGGGCCCUCCUGCUCGCGUGCGCGCGGCGCGUCCCCGAGUGCGACGCGUACGCGCGGUCGCCCGCCUUCGUCGCCUACGACAACAUGGCCUUCCUCGGCUGCGACGUCGCGGGCAAGACGCUGGGCGUCGUCGGCAUGGGGAGCAUCGGCGGCGAGGUCGCGCGGCGCGCGCUCGGCUUCAAGAUGGAGACGCUCUACUUCAACCGGACGCGGCGGCCCGAGGCCGUCGAGCGCGAGCUCAAGGCGACGUGGGUCCCGCGGCUCGCGGACCUGCUCCCGCGCUGCGACUUCGUCGUCGUCGUCUGCCCGCUGACGCCGGCGACGGCGGGGCUCCUCGGCGCGGCGACGCUGCCGCUCAUGCGCGACGGGUCCGUGCUCGUCAACGUGUCGCGCGGCGGCGUCGUCGACCAGGCCGCGCUCCUCGCGGCGCUCGACGGGCCCGGCGGCCUCGCGCGCGCGGGGCUCGACGUGUCGUCGCCGGAGCCGCUCCCGCCGGGCCACGCGCUCCGCGGCCACGCGAAGGUCGUCUGGACGCCGCACCGCGGCUCCGCGACAACGGGCGCGCGCCGCGCGAUGGCCGAGCUCGCGGCGGCGAACCUCGCCCUGGGCGUCGCGGGCGCGCCCCUCGCCCACUGCUGUAACGGGCUCUAG